AUUGGAAACCUUCCAAUUUGACGAUUUCUGCUUUUGCAAGCAGUUAAUUAUACCAUACUUCUCACCUCACUGUAUUACGUACACCCUCAAUCCUGACCCUGUCAUGUCCCACAAAAGUAAACAUCUCUCUCUGAUAUUAUCCAUAGCCACUCAGAACUUGCCACGUCAUAAUCGAGCCCUGAUAUGACCGAGUUGCCUCCGAAAUCGAGCACUCUGUUUUCUUCCUCCUUUUUCAAAACCUCUGCUUCGUCCCCUCUUCCUGUCGCCUUCUUUGAAUCCUCGGUCCACAGGGGUUCGAGCUUUUGCUCGAUCGAAACCCUGAAUCGGCCAUGGAAGGAGAGUUUCCAGAUUGGGAGAUGCUUCAGAGCUCGGACUCUGCCGCGGAGGAUCACCCCAGGAGCUUGGAGGAGAUUGAUGACAGCACACAAGGCGUGAUUAGGUUUGAUUACUUCUCUCUCGAGAAUAAUGAUGUCCAUCGCGGGGAUGUGGUUGAUGAUGAGGACAGUGAAAUCGGGUCUGUCUGUUCGGGUAGUCGGAGUUGGAUCGAACCUGGCUCUGACCCUCCCUAUGGUAAGAAGCAUCCUUGCGAGUUCUGGUCGGAUUCCAGUAGUGAUCCGUCCGAGGAUGGCAGAUUAGUUGAUUUUGGUGUGAAUAACGAGUUGGGUCUCGAGUAUUCUGGGAUAGAAGUGGGUAUGUUUGAUUUAACGAAAUACAGCGACAAUCUAUCUCGAGAUAGGAAUCCGAGGCAACAUUUGUUCGAUUCCAGUGGAGACAAGCUAGGUUCGAUGAACACGGGUAAUAAAACAGAGGAAAGCGAUAGUCUCUAUGGUGUUAGUGUGGAACGUCAAGGUGAAUCCACGUUUUCAGGUGAACAAAUUAGUGGAAAUGAUCCCCUGGAACUCGCCAAGGUCGGAGAAAGGGAAUCAUGUAGAAGCAGGCUUCUUUCCAUUGACCCAUCUGUAAAAUCUGGUGAUGGGGGAGAGAAAAAAGGCAAAGUGUGGUGGAAAAUUCCUUUUGAGCUCUUCAAGUACUGUGUUUUCAGAGUUAACCCUGUUUGGUCUUUCUCCAUGGCAGCAGCAGUGGUGGGUUUUGUAAUGUUAGGACGCAGAUUGUAUAAGAUGAAGAAGAAGAGCCAUAGGUUGCAGCUGAAUGUUACUCUGGACGAUAAGGCGACGCGGCUCGUGAGCCAUGCCGCUAGGCUGAAUGAAGCGAUUCCGGCGGUGAGACGUGUGCCCAUCAUCCGACCAGCCCUUCCCUCAAUGGCCGUGAACCACCAAUGGCCUGUGGUGAGUUUAAGGUGAACAACUUGUAUGUGUUGAUAAACUGAAGGGAAAAGGGUUCCAUAUGUUGUGGUGGGGACAACAUAUUUGAACAGUCAGUGUGUCUAAAUGUUUGUUUGUGUUGUGUGAAAAAAAAAAAAGUCAGUCUCAAAUCUGUAUUACCUUAUCCAAAGUCCCAAACUUUUUUUUUUCCAACUUUCAAAAUAUAAAUGUUCUGUGUAAAUCAACGUUAUAUAUGCAAAAAGGUAUAAAUAUUUGUCGAUGUGGGAGA